AUGUCUGAAAAUAUUGAAAAUGUUCGUCCAAAAAUUCUCAAAAUUCUGAGUGGUUCAGGAGAACUCGACAGAAUACAAGAAAUAAUCAAUACCCUAAGUGCCGAUAAGAAAAAUUUAGAAAAAGAAAUAGAAUUUUUAAAAUCAAACAAUCCUCU